UGCGAGCGAAUUUAAAAGAAACAAAAACAUUUGGCAAAAUGGCGAAAUCUAACUUGGCAGUGAGUGAGAAAGAUAUUCAUCUUUCAGAAAAUACACCUCCUCCAGCUUACGAUGAAAUCUUCCCUUCAAGUGAUUUGCCACCACCAUAUCCUCUGCCAUAUGAAAAACAUGAAAUAUUUGACAAGACACUCUUGCCGGACAGUCAAAAUAUUGUUUCGUCAUCCCAAGUUCGCGAGGAAAUACGCUGCUCGACAUGUUUUGAUCCAAUACGAGAGGAUACAGACAAGAAGAGGUCUGGUGAUUUAGUACAAGAUGGGAUAAAGGUGUGAAAAAAGAUUUAGUCAGAAUUAUGGACUUAGUAUUCGGUUAAUGCUGCUAUAAUUUGAUUUUAAAAAAAUGUCAUGCAGUUGUAUUGUUGUAAUAUAAAACUCCUAACACCAUGCCACAGAAUAGGCUACACACAAUCCCGACUUCUUGCAUUUUCCUAUGAUUUAACAAUGAUUUUGGCGUAACCGUAAUUUGUCAUGAUAAUGCUGACGCCAUGGUCCUAGCCAGUGUGCUUUGAGAGGCAUUCACCCCCCUGAUAAUAUUCAAAAUGGCAGACAUCCAGGGGGUAAUGCCUCUCAUAAGCGCACUGGCUAGGACCAUGGCGUCAGCAUUUUCAUGACGAAUCAUGGCGUGGCAGCGGUUACUCGAGUUGACCUUCUGUGUGUCUUUAUUCUGUGACCAUGCAUCAUGUCAAUAAUAAUGCAAAGGUCUACACACAUAAAAACGGUGAUAAAAACCUGCAGCAACAGCUUAUUGACAACUUGCUAGAAAAUUGUUAACUCAACAAACUUGUGUCAUGUUGUUCCAAGUUGUGAGUGACAAUCCCGUUGGAACUUGCUGGAAAUUAGCAGCAAGCACAUCUUACAACCUCAUUCCCAGGCGUUUCUCUCUUAUGGCAGGUUGCACAUCUUUUUGACAAGAUGUGAGAGUUUUGAUAUUUUGCUGCUACUGCGAUUGGGUUGUUCCAGAAAAGAUCCACACUCCCUCCAAUUACCAAAUUGAAUGUGCUUCUUCAAAAUUUUCAUCCCACGCCUUCUCCCCACCCUGUUUAAAAACUUCUUAUUUUGAAAUUUUAGAGUUACCAUUAUGAAUGCUACAUAAAAUCUCGAGGUCCUAAAUGUGAUCAUUGUUGUUUUGCUCUAAUCCCAUGGCCAAACAAACGUCUAUCAGGGAGGUGGGUGACUUAUGAAAAUAAACGAUACCAUGAAGAGUGUUAUGAACGGGAAGCUGGACCAAGAUGCAGUCUAUGUUGUAAUGUAAUUGUCGAGAAACCACAAGAAGGCUAUUCAGGAAAUUGGAGGUGGCAAAAUGGAAAACGAUAUCAUGAUGAAUGCUUUAUGAAAACAAUAUACAAUGAAAUCAGAGCUAAAAAUUCAUAAGGGCCUCAUAUAUAAUGCCAUGAGUAUAAGUCAGUAUAUCAUAAGAAAGUAAUGAUUGUAAUCAGGGCCACCAAGGGGGAGGGGGAUAGGAGUGUCCCCAGCUGAAAAGGUGCCCCCAAAACAACAAAGAUUCUUCAAACAAGAUUCAUUGCUUAAUCAAGAAUAUAUAUCCUAGUUGCGUCAGUGUCAGAUAAUAUGCAGCAAUAACAUAAUAUAGUAUAUAUUGUAAAAACUGCUCUUGCAAAGUUUUGGUCUGCACCCCGCGCAACCUCUUGGCGGCCCUGAUGAUAAUUGAUUAGCAGCCUGAUGAUAAUUGAUUAAUUAAUAUAUAAACUUUUUAGCUGCUCUAAUAUUUAUAGCAUAAAGAUUAGAGCAGCUAAAACUUUUCAGUAAAUACUUGAAGUCUUGUUUACACUGCAAACUUUGACUUGAGCCUUGCUUUGGUCUUCAUUUUGGUAAACAAACUUUGGCUUAAGCUUGGCCAAACAGUGUAACUGUACCACAAUUACCUUUAGCUGACCUUGACUCAGGCCAGAUCCAGGCUCACAGUGUAAAUAGGGAUUUAAAGAAAUUAUGGCACAUGUCCAGUAUUUCCUUGUGCAGGUUGUUGUCUUAAUAUAUAUGUAUCAUAUGUAAUAUCUAGAGUAGGUGUAUUGUAAGAAAACUGUCAGAGAUGUGCAGUUCACCACCAUGUUUAUUUUGUGAUGUGUCCGCCACUGCUAUAAAAUAACAAUGACGUAAAUGUCAGUUAAAUAUUACUAUAAAUGAGUAACAGAAAAUGGUGUCAGUCGGAUCCCAUAGUAAUGUUCUAUCAUGAAUGUAUGUAUUAUAUGUUAUGCAGGAAUUGUAAUCAUCCACCGUAUAUGACAAACACAACGAUAAAACCAAGCUUUAAAAUUAAACUGAAACGGGAACUGCUUCAGCAAUUUCUAGAUAGUUAGCCUAAGGGCAUGCAUAACCCGCG